GACAGCGGUGCAAAAGCAAAUCAACGCGCUAAAUAAAAAAUUAUUGUCCGGUUAUUAAGUAUUUUAUUGCACAUUUCGAAGCGAAAACAUUUUUGGAAUAAAAUGAGUUACGCUGCGGACGUCCUAAAUGCUGCCCAUCUCGAGCUGCACGGCGGUGGCGACGCUGAGCUGCGCCGACCGUUUGACCCAACUGCCCACGACUUGGAUGCAUCUUUUCGCCUGACACGUUUCGCGGACCUGAAAGGACGUGGCUGUAAAGUGCCCCAAGAAGUCCUGUCAAAGCUCGUAUCGGCCCUGCAGCAAGACUACUCCGCUCAAGAUCAGGAGCCGCAGUUUCUUAACGUGGCCAUACCCCGCAUUGGCAUUGGACUCGAUUGUGCCGUUAUACCACUGCGUCACGGCGGCCUUUGCCUGGUGCAGACCACGGACUUCUUUUAUCCGAUUGUCGACGAUCCCUACAUGAUGGGCAAAAUUGCAUGUGCGAAUGUGCUCAGCGAUCUGUAUGCCAUGGGCGUAACCGAUUGUGACAAUAUGCUUAUGCUGUUGGCCGUAAGCACCAAGAUGACGGAAAAGGAGCGCGAUGUUGUCAUACCACUGAUAAUGCGAGGCUUCAAGGACUCAGCUUUGGAGGCAGGCACCACCGUCACCGGCGGCCAGAGCGUUGUCAAUCCCUGGUGCACCAUCGGCGGCGUUGCCUCAACCAUAUGCCAGCCAAACGAGUACAUUGUGCCGGACAAUGCUGUUGUUGGAGACGUUCUGGUGCUGACGAAGCCAUUGGGCACUCAGGUGGCUGUGAAUGCGCAUCAGUGGAUCGACCAGCCCGAACGUUGGAACCGCAUCAAACUGGUCGUCUCCGAAGAGGAUGUGCGAAAGGCAUAUCAUCGUGCCAUGAACUCUAUGUCGCGCCUUAACCGAGUAGCCGCUCGUCUUAUGCACAAGUACAACGCCCAUGGAGCAACCGAUAUAACAGGCUUCGGCCUGUUGGGCCAUGCACAAACUCUGGCCGCCCACCAGAAGAAGGAUGUGUCCUUUGUUAUUCACAAUCUUCCAGUCAUAGCCAAAAUGGCGGCUGUGGCCAAGGCCUGUGGCAAUAUGUUCCAGUUACUGCAGGGACAUUCCGCGGAAACAUCCGGUGGCUUGCUCAUCUGCUUGCCCCGGGAACAAGCCGCUGCCUAUUGUAAAGACAUUGAGAAGCAGGAGGGCUACCAGGCCUGGAUCAUUGGCAUUGUGGAGAAGGGCAACAAGACGGCACGCAUCAUUGAUAAGCCGCGCGUCAUCGAGGUGCCCGCCAAGGACUAAAUGUUUUCCCUAUACAUAAGCACAGUAAUUUUUAAAACUGAAUACACGCUCUCAGUUGUAACGCUUUUAUGAGUGAACUAAGUUACCGUUUUUUGUAAAGAAAAAGCUUGACUAAUUGCAUUAACUACAA